AUGACCGUCUCCAUAUCCACCACCAACGGCCACGCCAACAGGCAUACAAACGACCUCAAGCAUCACUUGAAGCGUUCCCCUGAGUUCGGGUUUUCUACGCGGGCCAUUCAUAUAGGUUCAGAGCCAGACCCUACAACUGGCGCCGUCAUCCCUCCUAUAUCCCUUAGCACGACGUACAAGCAAGAUGAAGUGGGCGUGCACAAGGGCUUUGAAUAUUCUCGUUCCGGCAAUCCAAAUCGCGAUGCAUUAGAGCGCACACUUGUAGGCCUGGAGGCAGGCGCAGGACAUGCUAUUGCAUUUGCUUCUGGCAGUGCCACGACAGCAACUAUCUUGCAGUCUCUUGGCCCAAACGCGCACGUCCUGAGUGUGAAUGAUGUGUACGGCGGUACGUUCAGGUAUAUCACGAGGGUUGCGAAAGAAACCACGGGCACGGAGUCGACGUUUAUAGACUUGGAGAACACAACAGACGAUGAAAUACUAGCUGCUAUGAAGGACAAUACCAAGCUUAUCUGGAUCGAAUCGCCAACAAAUCCCACCCUCCGACUAAUUGAUAUUCCGCGUAUAGUAAGUCUUGCGCGUCAGGCUCCAUCAAAGCCCCUCGUUCUCGUCGACAACACCUUCCUCUCUCCAUUCUAUGGCUCCCCGCUCCUACAGGGUGCUGACAUCGUCAUUCACUCCCUCACCAAAUACAUCAACGGCCAUUCUGAUGUCGUAAUGGGUGCUGCCAUUGUUCCCUCCUUGUCCACACCAGACAGAGACUAUGACAGUCUCGUCCAAAAGCUUCGUUUCCUCCAAAAUGCUCACGGCGCCGUUCCGAGUGCAUUUGACUGUUGGCUCGCCCAGCGCGGCGCCAAAACUCUUGCAGUGCGGAUGAAGGCCCACGGUCUGAAUGCACUCCGCGUCGCCUCUUUCCUAACUUCACACCCCGCUGUCGAACACGUCAUCUACCCGGGUCUCGUCUCACACCCGCUACACGCUCUAGCACGCACCUUCCUCAGCACCCUACCGCCAUCGACCCUUGCGCACGGUAUACCGUACGGCGGGAUGGUCUCAUUCCGUCUACGUGGUGGUGCAAGGAGUGCAGAGGCCCUUCUGCCGAAACUUAAGCUGUUCACGCUUGCUGAGAGUUUGGGUGGCGUAGAGAGUCUUGCGGAGUUACCUGCGCGGAUGACCCAUGCGAGUAUCCCGCCGGCGGAGCGUGAGGCGCUGGGUAUUGAAGGGUUAGUGCGCUUGAGCUGUGGGAUUGAAGAGGCAGAGGAUUUAGUGGACGAUUUGAGAGGUGCAGUUGGAUGGGCUGGAGGACGAGGAUAG